AUGUCGUCAGGCGAAGAAAAUUCUUCAGAGACUCCUCCUAUGGAGUUUAGCAUUGAGGAAUCAAAGCCGAAUAUACAGCAUCCUGUUGCUGCUCCAUUAGCAUCAAACAUCUCUUCAAAUCCCCCUGCUUCACCGCCCCAAAUUCUGAGUACUUCAAACUCACCACCACCAGUAAUACCGCAGCCACCUUCUACCAUUGCUUCACCACCUCCACCACCACUGCCACUUUCUAUCGUUACUCGACCACCACCACAACCUAGUUUCUCUAAUAAACACGAUGACAAUCAUUAUUUCAGGAGCUUCCCACCUGGAUAUAGAUUUUGUCCUCAUGAUGAUGAGCUAGUGUUACAUUACUUGUCCAAGAAAGUGAGAGGACUGCCAUUGCCUAGGAACAGGAUUUUCGAAGUCACUCUCUAUCAACACGAUCCCGAGUUUCUUGCAGAUAGAUACAAGCAUUACGGUGAAAAAGUAUGGUAUUUCUUCACACCAAGGGACAGAAAGUACAAGAACGGAACUAGACCAAAUCGAGCGGCCGGUGGUGGAUACUGGAAAGCCACUGGAGCUGAUAAGCAUAUUACAUAUGAUAAGGCUGCUGUUGGAGCUGAUAGGAAUGCCACUGUAGAAAAAGUUAUUGUCGGAUUUAGAAAGGCACUUGUUUAUUAUACUGGAAAGGCACCAAGGGGUGACAAAACCAACUGGAUAAUGCAUGAGUUUAGAGUGAAUGAUCCACCUCCUCAAGUCAGAAAUCAUCGAGAUGACAUGAGGCUGGAUGACUGGGUUCUGUGCAGGAUUUACAAGAAACAUGAGAAGCGUACUAAUGUUAGUACUAAUGUUAGAAAUCGACAAAGAAACGAGGAAGAUUCUGCGGGGUCCAUUGAUGAAGAUUACGUAAACGGUCAUGAUCAUAAUACAAAUGAUCAUCUGGCUGGUAUGGAGGCUGACUAUGCUGGGGAGAUCUACGACAUUGGUACUGGUUCUUUAGACAAUUCAUUCGCAAUGUUGGAUGAUUUAAGCCCACAGCAGACUGCUCUAAGCAGAUUCUCAGAUGCUUUUAACUUUUAUCAUGCUCCUCCUAACUAUUGUAGGAUGUUGCAUGAUACACAGUUACCCAGUUUGCCUGAGACAAUUGGAAGUUCUGCCCCAAUGUUCUCCAAUAUUAAUCCUGACAGCUGGUCAUUCAGGCAAAACGGAUGCCAAGAUGAAUUUCUGAAUACGACAAACUGGUCUCACCGUAACAUUGCCGACCAAUUUCUUGAUCCCUAUUCUGUCAGGUCAAUUAGUCUUCCCAGAAAUCCUGCUCCUCUCGUCAAUCUUCGUCCCACAAAUACUGUUUCUCUUAAUGGAAGCCUUCGUCCCAUAAACAUUGCUCUACCUAAUGGAAUCCUUCCUCCUACAAAUAUUGCUUCUCGCAUUCGUAGCCUUCCUCCUAUGAAUACUGCUCGUCCUACUGGAAGCCUUCCUCCCAUCAAUACUGCUCGUCCUACUGGAAGCCUUCCUCCCAUCAAUACUGCUCGUCCUACUGGAAGCCUUCCUCCCAUCAAUACUGCUCGUCCUACUGGAAGCCUUCCUCCCAUCAAUACUGUUCUUACCAGCCGUCUUCCUCUCACAAAUCCUGCAAAUAGUCAACCAAUGUCAUCGAUGCCUUCCACAAAUCCUGCAAAUAAUCAGCCAAUGUCAGCGAUGAAUGCGCCGGUUGGAUAUGAUGGAAAUAGUUUUGGUUCUAGUGAUAUUGAUGGGAGUGAAGUGCACAAGGCAUUGAGGGAGAAGUAUGGCGAGGAAGGAGCUUCUUCUAGCCUUCCAAUGUUUGGCCAGUUUGGCCCAUUUCUAUUUAAUUUGGAUGAGUUUGGCUGUGCUGAGUUCAGCAACUUGGUUCCAUGGUACAUGAUGGAACCGGAUAGAAGUUGUCAAAUUACUCUGAUUAUUGAUAUAUAA